UUGCAUCCGUCUAGGCGGGAGGUGGAUGAAGCCGCAUGUCAGACAAUCGCAAUUUUGUGGUUGAGAAUGACAGCUCCAUUCUUCUUGUAAGCGGACACUUUCUUUAUAAAGAUGAGCAGCCCCUCCAGGAGCCUGGGUGACCAGAAAGGGUUCAGAGAGAGUCCCGGUCACAAACCCGAGGCGGCGCGCUACCGCAGCUGGAGCAGCCUUCGCUUCUCCCGAUGGCGCAGCGCCUCCCAGAAGGCCGGCUGCCCCGGGACGCCCUCGGCCAAGGCGGACAAGCGCAACGACGUGAGCCAGACGCUCUUCUCGUUGGUCAAGACGCACAACGACGACUACACGGCCGACCCCGCUGGGCUGCUGGACCUCAACGGGGUUGAUGACGACGACGACGACUGCCAGGAAGUCGAGCUAGACCAGUCCACAUACUUCCAGAAGCAGCUGGGAUCCAUGCUGCAGCCCGGCGUCAACAAGUUCUCCCUGCGCAUGUUCGGCAGCCACAAGGGUGUCGCUGCGGAGCAGGCCAGGGUCAAGUCCUUCGGCGUGUGGAUCAUCCACCCUUACAGCGAUUUCAGGUUCUACUGGGACCUGGUGAUGCUCCUGCUGAUGAUGAGCAACCUUGUGAUCUUGCCGUGGGGCAUCACGUUCUUCGAAGACCAGAACACCAUCCCGUGGAUCACCUUCAACAUGCUGUCCGACACGCUCUUCCUGAUGGACCUGGUCUUCAACUUCCGCACGGGCAUCCUGGGCGAGGACAGUCACAUCGUGCUGGACCCCAAGCGCAUCCGCCUGCACUACCUGCGCUCCUGGUUCCUGGUGGACUUCAUCUCCUCCAUCCCGGUGGACUACAUCUUCCUGGUGGUGGACCUGGAGUCACUGCAGGACUCGUCCGACGUGUACCGCACCGCUCGAGCCCUCCGCAUCGUGCGGUUUACCAAGAUCCUCAGCCUCCUACGACUCCUGCGCCUAUCCCGCCUCAUCCGCUACAUCCACCAGUGGGAGGAGAUGUUCAACAUGACGUACGACCUGGCCAGCGCGGUGGUGCGCAUCGUCAACUUGAUCGGCAUGAUGCUGCUGCUGUGCCACUGGGAUGGCUGCCUGACCUUCAUGGUGCCCAUGCUGCAGGACUUCCCCGCGGACUGCUGGGUGUCCAAGAACAACAUGGCGAACGCCACGUGGCACAUGCAGUACUCGUACGCCCUGUUCAUGGCCAUGAGUCACAUGCUGUGCAUCGGGUACGGCGCCCACCCUCCGGAGGGCGCGAGUGACGUGUGGCUGACCAUGAUCAGCAUGGUGGUGGGCGCCACCUGCUACGCCAUGUUCCUGGGCCAUGCCACCAACCUGGUGCAGUCCUUGGACGCCUCGCACCGCCAGUACCAGGAGAAGUACAAGCAAGUGGAGCAGUACAUGUCGUUCCACAAGCUGCCUGCCGACCUCCGGCAGAGGAUCCACGACUAUUAUGAGCAACGGUUCCAAGGCAAGAUGUUUGACGAAGACAGCAUCCUGGGAGAGCUCAGCGAUCCGCUAAAAGAGGAAAUCGUCAGCUAUAACUGUCGCGGUCUGGUGGCCAACAUGCCCCUCUUCGCGAACACCGACCCUCACUUUGUGACCGUGAUCCUCACCAAGCUGCACUUUGAGGUUUUCCAGCCCGCGGACUUCAUCAUACGGGAGGGAACGCUGGGUCGCAAGAUGUACUUCAUCCAGCACGGCACCGUCGUGGUCAUCCCGCGAGGCAGCAAAGACAUCAGACUCAGCGACGGGGCCUAUUUUGGCGAGAUCUGUCUGCUGACUCAAGGCCGACGGACGGCUAGCGUCAAGGCCGAGACGUAUUGCCGGCUCUACUCGCUGAGCGUGGACAGCUUCAACGAGGUGCUGGAGGAGCACCCGCUCAUGAGGCGGGCCUUCGAGAGCGUGGCCGUGGACCGACUGGGGCGGGUCGCCAGGAGGCCCAGCCACCAGCCUUCCUCCAACGAGUGAACCGGGAACUGUCCGAGGCAAUCACCCAAAUGGGACGCAUAACCUGUCUUGUAAGACAACGGAGUACAAAUACGUUACGACGACACUACGAAUGAAUCACUUCUAUUUACUUUGAAUCUCUACUCGGGUUGUAAUAUUCCAUUUUCUCAAAAGAAUCCCUCCUACCACGUGCAGUUGAGUAAAUCAAGGCUACUCUUGAUGGAAAUAAAACCAAGCAAAUGGUGUGA